AUGGAUCCUCAGUUUCAGCAUUUGCCUCCUCUCAAACGAUUAAGACUGAUGCAGCGAGAUCUCGAACUUUCCCAUCAGCAGCAGAAGCUACCGAGCCAAUCCGAGGAGGUGAAGUCUUUGCAGUUAACGGCGAAGAAGAGGAAACAAAAUGGGAUUAUGUGUGAUGUAUGUCAAAGCACAGACGGUGAUCCAUCAAACCCAAUCGUGUUCUGCGACGGUUGCGACUUAAUGGUCCAUGCUUCCUGUUAUGGCAACCCUUUGGUUAAACCUAUACCAGAAGGUGAUUGGUAUUGCGUCAAGUCGUUGAAGAAGAGAGAAAAGAUGUUCUCUUGCUGUUUGUGUACAUCAACAGGUGGGGCGAUGAAACCGACAAAGGAUGGUCGAUUGGCUCACAUCACAUGCUCGUUGUUUGUGCCGGAAGUAUACUUAGAGGAUCCUGAAGGAAGGGAAGGGGUUUGUUGCAGCGAGAUACCGAGCAAGAGAUGGGAAGAUGGGUGUUACUUGUGCAAGAUUAGAGGUGGGUGUGUUAUAGAGUGUUCGGAGAUGAAGUGUGAGUUGGCUUUCCACUUUACUUGCGGGUUGAAGGAAGAUCUUUGUGUUGAGUGCCGUGAAGGCAAAAAGAGUGGUGGUAUUGUUGUUGGUUUCUGUGAUGAGCAUACUAAACUGUGGGAAAGGCAACAGGAAAGUGGGAAGUACAAGAUUGUUGCCAGAAAUUAAGAUAACUAGUUGCAGAAAGCUGGAAGGCCAGAAGCACUCUUUUACUUGCAACUCCAAGAAGUUUCAUGCUCGGCAAGUUUUAUGCUAUGUUCUAUGUUUGAAUUGUUAUUAACUUGCAUAAGGCUAAAGCUUGAUCAAUCUAAUUCCUUUCUCAUUGUAUCCUUUUCUGGUUUAUGUCAUGAGGAUCAUUAAUUAUAUUUUCUUUUGGAAGAUAGAUCAGGAUGCUGAUCAUCUUCUGCUCUUUAC